UUUAGCUUCGGACCCUUCCGCAGUGCAUCCACACGACCACUCUCCGCCCCGAGUCCCGACCAAGAUCUCUCUCUUCCUCCUCCAAUGGCGAAAUCCGAACAAGAGCCCCAUAAACCCUAACCCAAACCCUAACCCUAAUGCACCGCCGUAGAGGCCCCCUCCUCUUCCCCCUCCUCUUCCUCCUACUCCUCUCCCUCUCCGCCCUUCUCCUCCUCCCCUCCCACCACCACCACUCCUCCUCCUCCUCCCUCCUGCCCUUCCCCUCCUCAAACCCUAACCCUUACGCUAACCCUAGCAACUUCACCUUCCUCAUCAAGGUCCUCGCCUUCGACCGCCCCGACUCCCUCCGCCGCUGCCUCCGAUCCCUCUUCGCCGCCGACUACGGCGGCGACCGUGUCGGCCUCCACCUCUUCCUCGACCACUUCCACGUCGCCAAUCCAACCAACGAAUCCGAUGUCGUAGAUCGGAGGCUUGAGGCGUGGUGGCCGAGCUCCGACGACGAGUUCGCCUUCGUCGUUGAGGAUGACCUCGAGCUCUCGCCGCUCUACUAUAGGUACCUGAAGGGGCUGAUCCUGAAGUAUUACUAUGACAAGGCGAACUAUAGCCCUUCGGUCUUCGGAGCAUCGCUGCAGCGGCCGAGGUUCGUGGCCGGUAAACAUGGAAACAAAUUGCAGUUGGACAGUGACAUCCAGGUUUUCUUAUAUCAGAUGGUCGGCACAUGGGGUCAACUUCUCUUUCCAAAACCAUGGAAGGAGUUCCGGUUGUGGUACGAUAUACACAAAGCCAAAGGAGUGAAACCCAUUCUUCAAGGCAUGGUGACUACAGGAUGGUACAAAAGGAUGGGUGAGAAAAUAUGGACCCCCUGGUUCAUCAAAUUUGUCCAUUCGCGAGGAUACUUCAAUAUCUACACAAACUUUCAGGAAGAAAGGGCCCUAAGCAUCUCACACAGGGAUGCAGGUGUGAACUAUGGGAGAAGUGUUGGUCCCGAUUCCAAUUUACUGGAUGAAAGCUCGCUCAAUUUUGAUUUGUGGAAACUUCCACCCUUGAGUAAUCUAAAAUGGUUCGAUUUCUGCUUCAAAGAAGUUCAUCCUGGGAGAAUCGUUAGGAGCUUCGAUGAACUUGGUACUGUACUAGAUUCUUUGCAGAAGCAGAAAACUAUUAUAAUUAUAAGCUUGUAUGGGACUGAAAAGAGGAUUGUUAGAAACUUGAUUUGCCAUCUUGGCAAGGUUGGAAUGGAGAACUUUGUUCUCAUUGUUGACGAUCCAGAGUUUAUAGAUGACCUCGCAAGAAGAGGAUAUGCAGUAAUUGAUGCGAAUCGAUUGAUUCACAGCAUUAAAAGCCAUAACUCAGUGUUAAAUCUUGAAAUUUCUGGGACAGAUUUGAUGAAGGAAAUCUUGGUUAAAGCCCAUUUGGUAAAGAAUUGCCUGGAAUCACGGUAUAACUUAUGGUUAAUGGAUGGGAAUAUGAUACCAAUUAGCGCUAAAUUACCUGAGCCAUCAGAUCAAUUGUACGACUUCUUAGCUGCAAGAGACUUGGGGUUGUUAUUUAUUAAAAGUUCUCCAACUUCUCUGAAAUUUUGGAUUGAUGGUCUAGUUUCUAUGGUGGCGGCACAAGCAAGCAAGUCUACGAUAGGUGGCAACAAUUUCAUGUACUUUGUUAACAAAGCUUUGGAAGCGAGGGGUGAUUUAAGGUUGCGGAGAUUGGAUGAAAAGGCCAUUGCCGUGAAAUUAGGAGUUAAUAACAUGUAUAAUACCACUCUGAAUAGUGGAAAGAAUUUGAUCAUCUUGCCCCAGGAUAUGCAACCGGCUUCAGUUGAGGAGGAGCUCGAAACUCUCGGUAUGUGGUUAAUAGAUGCAGAUUCUUCAUGUAAUGCUGUUUUUUGCCACCAAAGGUAGAGAAUCUAACACAAGAGGUAUUUUUGUUCUCUCUCUCUUUUUAUUCUUUCCUCUUAUUUGUUAAAAAUCAUUGGAUACUUGUAGUCGUCACAUUUAUUACAUAUUUAUUUAUUACAUUAAAGUUCUUUGGAAUUUCUCUCAAA